CUCUUCUUCUUCCUCUCUUUCUCUCCUUCUUCUCCAAAUAUCCUCCCAUGGAAGCCCCUCCCCCUCACACCCCUUCUCCCUCACGUCACACACAGCACAUAUACACACACAUACGCGACGCAUACACACACAACUCGUCGAUCUCCCUCUCUUGUUCGCCAUGGUUGCGUCUUCAAGAUCUUGCCACUGCGUCCAUUGCUUUGCUUCUUCCUCCUCGUCACAUGCUGCCCGCCAUGGCUGUGUUUACAUCUCUUCAAAAUGAUCAAAAGAUCUCAUCAUUGCUGUCCGCCAUGGCUGCGUCUCCAAGCUCUUCAAACGAGCACGAGAUCCCGUCGUAUUGUUGCCCGUUGUUUCUUCUUCUUCGCUCGUCGCUACUGCUGUUUCUCCUUCUUCAUCCGGCGAGUUGCUCCAGCCAUGGCUGCUGCCACGCUGCCAUGGACAACCACCAAACGACACCUGAACAAGACGACCAUCUAGCUUCGGACUGCUGCUGCGUUCUUCACUGUCCAUUUGCUGCUGCCCGCGCUCCUUAUCCUCCAAGAUCACGUUGGAUUCUUCUUCUCCAAGAUCAUGUCAUUGUUGCUGUUGUGUUUCUUCAUUGUUCGCGCCGCUGCCAUGCUUCCUUCUCCGUCCUUUUCCAAACAAACAAACUACUUUCCGUUCGAGUUCGUCGUCGCUUCGAUCCGGUACACUACUCUGAAUCAUUUCAACAUAUGUAUUGAAGAUGAAAUGAAAUGGCCGGAAGAUUUAAGUUUUUUUUAAUUAUAGAAUAUUCGCAUUUUUAGUUAAAUAUUCAUUAUGUGUCUCAUGUUAUGUAAAUGGUAGAAGUAUUUAUUAUGUGAAAUAUUAAACUGCGGGACUAGUGGAUGGGUGUCAGUAUGAACACCAUAAGUAUUAGUUUCGGCUUUGUUAAUUUUUUAGCUUAAAAUCGCAUUCAAAUCGUUAGUAAAUA